AUGUUAUCCGAAACUAUUUCAACUUCGCCAUUGGCUACGGCUGCUCAUAUGAUAUGUCGUGGUUCGCUCAAAGUUCCCUGUCCUUCUAAUUUACAAUUGGCAAUUUUAGCGGCUCGUUUAACGACAAGGGAAGCCGAUAAUGAGGCAUUGUUUCGAUGCAAUGAAGAAAUGGCUGAAACGAAUCUGAGGUUACAAAAUGAGGUCGAUGAUUUACGAGAGAGAUUAAAUCGUUUAUCUACCACUGUUGAUUCCGAUAGGAUUGUAGCAGAUACCGAUAACUGUCAGCUGACAUCGGAUGUAGAUUCUAUGAACGAUUGGGAAGACAACGAGAACAGCUGGGGUUGGGAAUCCGAUGUUGGUGUCAAUAACGUUGGUAAUAAUUUAACCCGUAGUGACGGAUCGCAGAUCGUUAAGAAAGACAAGGAUAGAAUCAAGGAGCUUGAGAAGGAAAAGGUGAAACUUCAAGAAGAAGUUGAGAGACGUGAUAAAAGAUUGGAUGUUGCAGAAGAGUAUGCUUUGGAACUGGAAGGGAAGAUAGAUGGUCUUGAAAAUACUAUCGAUGAAAUGAAGAUUGAACUGCAGCAUUUGAAGGACGGCGAAAAGCUUGAUCCGGUUGUGGUCGUGAAGAGCAGCAGUUUAAAUGCUAGCUCGCAGGAGUAUAAAACUGAGAACGAAUUUUUGCAAAAUGAGAAUAAGAGACUAUUAGAAGAAAUGGCUGAACUCAAAAAAAUUCACAAAGGAACCGCAAAAAAGAACCUAGGAAAUGAGGAGCAGGACAAAAAACGGUUCGAAGGUUCUUCACUUAGCUAUGACGAAAACUGGGAUAAAGAGAAGGAUAAUUUGUUUUCCGAAUCGCAAGGCGCAGAUGUACAGUAUGAAGAAAGAAGCGGACCAAAUGUGAAGGAAUUGAAAGCGACUGUAAAUAAGCUGAACGACGAACUUAGCGCGGUUAUCAAGUCUCGCGAGGCAUUGGAAACGGAGUUGUCUAUGAGCAACGACAGAUUCAAAACGAUUGAGUCAGAUUACCAAAAGCUUAAGGAACAGCUUACGGUCUGUAAAGAAGAUAUAGACAGUGUUCAAGUACCGUCAGUAGAAACGAGUUUUGCAGGUACAGUUGGUGACGGGUGUAUGUUGAGUAACAGCGAGAAUCUUGAAACGCAUGCGCUUUUCGUUAAGAAUGAAUUGCACUUAAAUGAGGAGUCUUACCUAGCCUUGGUAGAAAGCGAAAAGUCACUAAGGCGCCUUUUAGAGGGCUUGGAAACAAAGCUUCACAGCACUGAGGAAUACAGUGUUAAUCUGAGCGAAGAAAAUGCUAGUUUGGAGUCUACGGUCGAGAAUUUGAGAGAAGAAAUACUCAAGUUGAAUCAGGAAGUUGAAGUACUAAAAAAAUCCAAUCAACUUUUGGAACGGGACAAGGAAGAAUCUGAAGAAAAGGCUCGCGCCUGUGAUGAAGAUGAAUGCGGAAAAGAAGAUUUGAAGAGAAGUUUGGCUACUCGUCAAGAAUCUGAGGUUCUGAAGCGUGAUAUUAAGGUGCUCGAAAGUGAAAAUAACGCAUUAAAAGUGGAGUUGAAGUCUGUGGUGGCUGCUCAUCAUGACAAUCUGAGAGGCACCGGUGAUUUCGCCGUGCAGGUGGAGAUCAGUGAUGAGGUGGUAGCAUUGAAGAAAGAACUUGGUGAGGCAUUGGUAGAAAAAGCAGCAUUGGAAGAAAAGCUGUCAUCCUCACAAAAACAGAAUGAGUUGCUUAAAGACACUGAGUUUCGGUUAACAGAAGUUGUUGACAGUUACGAGGUCGCUAUAAAAGGGAAUGCUGUUGAGAUAGAAGCUUUAAAAAAAUCUCUGCAAAAGACAGAUGAUAAAUGCCAAAAACUUGAAGAAGAAAGGAAUGAAUGGUUAAAAGAAAAGAAUGAUUUGAAAAACACCCUAGAUAAGACCGUAUUGAAAUUCAAAACUGUUGAGGACGAGGUAAAACAAUUACGAACAAAAUUAAAAGAGAAGUCUUCACAGAGACAGCAGGAGCCAUGUAGCUGGGACAGUGUUGCAGGCUCUCAUGUUCCUGAAAGUGCCAGAUGCGAAGCCUCUCCUUGUGGGUCUAAACAAAUUAUUGUUGCAAGCAAUUCUGGGGAAGACUUUAGGAAAUCUACUGACGAGCAAAACCGACUAGAACGGAAGGUUGCUGAACUCGAAACAAAGUGUGGCGGCUUAAUAGAUGAGAAGAAAAGGUUGACUUCGAAAUUGAAGAUUUUACAGUCCAAGAUGAAUGCUCUGCAAAACGGGAAGUCAAACAUUGUUGAACGAAUAAGGCCAUCUACAUCUUCUACAUCUAACGACUUCUUUUCGUACGGAUAUGAGAGCUCAGUGCCCAGGUUCGAUGUGGAAGAACGGUCUUUUGCUUCACCAAGUGUGGACUCAAGAAAACUGAGGAACGACUCGGAUGAAGAAAAGAUGCAGAAUUUUAAAAGCAACAGCGAUAUCAGAGUUACGAGUAGUCCUGUGCAAAGCUUACAGAUUAAUCCGAAUGAACCUGUUCGACGAAGGAAAUCUGGUCAUCGAGGUUCUCCGAAGGAGUAG